AUGUCGCAUCAAGGACACGACCACGGAUCUGCUGACCACUGUCAUCAGGACCAUCACGAACAUCAAGACAAGCAUGAUGGACAUCACCACGACACCCAACACGAUGCCCAUGGACAACACGUUCACCAUGCAGGAGACCAUUGCGACACUCAACACGGUGGAAAUCAUCAAGCUGGAGAGCACUGCGCCCACACUCAACAUGACGGACAUGCUCAUGAGCACGGCGACGGACAUGCUCAUGAUCACGAUGCUCAUGGACAUCAUUAA